UUGCGCGCGGGGCGGGGCAGGUGGCGCAGCAGCGGCAGCGGCGGGCACCAGCGCGGCGCGCGGUCCUCCAGCGCGCCUACGCGGUCCCCGCCGGAGCCGCGGCGUCCCUCUGUAGGGCCCUCACCCUUCUUCCUGACCCCUGCAUCCCGCCGGCCCCAGGAUGGGAGCACGCGCCUCGGCUGGGCCCCAGGCCCGGGCUGGGCUCCUGCUGCUGCUGCCGCUGCUGCUCGGGCUGCUGGCCCCCGGCGCGCAGGCGGCGCGGGGCCGAGGCGGCACCGAGAAGAACAGCUACCGCCGCACUGUCAACACCUUCUCGCAGAGCGUCAGCAGCCUGUUCGGCGAGGACAACGUGCGCAUCGCUCAGAAGUUCUUGACCAGGCUGACCGAGAGGUUCGUGCUGGGAGUGGAUAUGUUUGUGGAAACAAUAUGGAAAGUUUGGACGGAUAUCUUGGAUGUUCUUGGCCUUGACGGUGACUUUUCUUCCCUCAUGGCCCAAGACAGCUGCUCCCACUCCUACCAUCGCAUCCACAUUCCAGCAGGCAGAAGAAGAAGAGUCUCGAACCUGUCCCAGUAUUUCAGCCCCGCCUCGGUGGCCAGCAGCCCAACCCGUGCCCUCCUGCUGGUCGGUGUGGUCCUCCUGGCCUACUGGUUCUUGUCUCUGACCUUGGGCUUCACCUUCAGCCUCCUACACGUGGCAUUUGGCCGCUUCUUCUGGGUGUUUCGGGUCAUCCUGUUUUCCAUGUCCUGCGUGUACAUCCUGCACAAGUACGAGGGGGAGCCGGAGAACGCCAUCCUGCCCCUGUGCUUCGUGGUGGCCAUCUACUUCAUGACUGGGCCCAUGGGCUUUUACUGGCGUGGCAGCCCCAACAGCCCCAGCGUGGAGGAGAAGCUGGAGCACCUGGAGAACCAGGUCCGACUGCUCAGCAUCCGCCUCAACCGGGUGCUAGAAAGUCUCGACCGCGCCAACAGCAAGUGACAAUCAGCCAGCCGGCCGGGUCCCCUCACACCAGCGCCCUCUCUCAGAAAACAGAAAAGAAAAAAGAAAAAAAGAACACCAAACCCCAAACAAUCUUAAUAAACAUUCCUGAACAAGAGAGUGGCGCUUGGUGAGGGUAUUUCCGGCCACAGGCAAACUCGUAGGAUGCGUGCCAAGGGGAACGAUGAGAUCGUUUACGUAGAACUACCUACGAAGUGUCAUUAGCGGAAGAAAUAUUUUUUAAACAAAGGAUAUAACCAUAUUAGCUGUACAGUCAGAGAAGUUUAUCUGCAUAGAGCAUAAAGUUAAUUUUUUCAAGCAUUUAAAUACAUCUUUUGUAAGGUUUUUUAAUAAAGGCAGACCCGAGUCAAGUUUAUUAAAACUUUACGUGGAGGGGAAGAAUAUGCUAAUUCAACAUUUUUAGAAAAGUUAAGGGUUUCUUUUCACAGUGUAGGGAUUACUGGGUGAGGUCUGUGCGUUCUUUUCAUGUUCCAAAAUGGUGAGCUUCAUUUUAUGUUAUCUUUGGUUGGUGUUGACCGAGCUGAUGAAUGUUGUCACUUACGAAUGUAGAUGGUUGGGCUUGAAGUGGAAACUAAAUGUCUCUUGGAUCUUAGUGACGCGAGCCAAGCUGCCGUCGAUUCGAUUUCUAAGUGAAGAAGUCAUUAUUUGUAGGAAACUUGAUAUUCCCAUCCCAAUCUGUGCUUGGAUGAAUUUUAACCUCAAUGUUUUGUGAAGGAAAAGCUCAAGGACGGGGUGAAGAAAUGUCUUUGGGGUCAGAUGUUAGGAGCUAUCUGGGUAGGCGUCCAGGCUCACCCAGGAAUCCUUUUGAUGUCCCAAUUUCACUGUGUGCUAGCUAGGCCUAUAUAGGAAAGAUGAACUCUCAAGGGUGUUUUGUUUAUUUAUUGCAUUUUUGGUUUUGGUUGACU